CAUUCAAUGCGCCAUUUUCUCUUUUUAUGGGCUUGAGCAGCGAAGCUACAAAUUCGGAUUUGGGUGCAAUAUAUAAUUUUUUAAUUGCUCGUUGCUGGUGCAAAAUAAAAAAAAGAAUAAAUACGAGUCUACGUUUUGCGCGUGACCGUGGCGCUGUGCAUCCUGUAGUCGUUGUUGGCGCGCGCACUGGUGGUCGAAGUCUGCUUUUGUCGCCCUUUUUUAAGGGGGGAAUAAAAAAAAGGUUAAAAAAAAUCAAGAAGGGGAGGAACCAUGUAUCAGUUUCCAGUUCGAGGAAUCGAGAAAAUCCGAAGAACAAGAAAGAAAGUUAAAAACAUUCUAAGCGAUUUCGGCCUUGAAGAGUGCCAAAACCUGGCUAAGAGUUUUCAGGAGUUUGAUCCAGGAGACAGCGCUUUUGAUGCCACCGAAUGGACCGAUUUAUCGGACGGAUUUAACGGCAAGUGGAAGAAAAAGUGGACCUACCGCACUCGGGGACUGUGCUGUUCAUUGUGUAAAUUUUCCACGCGGUCCUGGUAUUCCUUCAAGGCUCAUAUCCACCGCUACCAUGAUGACGAGCAGUCGGCCUGCAGUCUCUCGGCCUGCUCGUCCUGUCCGUUUAUUGGCCACCCCAAGGUCAUCUCCAAGCACUAUAGACUGUUUCAUUUCGAGAACCAAAAGCCCGAAUCGGACACGGUGACCCCCCUGUCCGCUAAAGCGUUGAGCGGCCACACGUUUCAGUGCCGCAAAUGCCCUGUCCGUGACGAUCUGUUAUACAGCAUGAGAAAGCAUGUUCUCAUUAACCAUUACACUGCACUGUUGAAUCGCUUUGCUGGGCAAAGAGCAGAUACUGACUUGAAAUCGCUCGGGCAGAUGUAUAGGAAAUUUUACUGUAAGGUCUGCGGUGCGAACGCGGACACGUCUGAGCAUCUGCUGUACCACAUCCUGACCUCUGACAAGCACAGGGAACUCGACUUGCACAUAAACUCGCUUAUUUUUGAAACCGACACUAAGAAGCCGGCGCCUGCUCUAGCACCAAAGAUCCAAGGUAGUCCUGUUCUAGCAGGUCCUCCUAGCCAACCCUUAAUGACUACUGUUCCAGCUCCAGUCUUGCCAUUGGCGAAUGGUGGACCUAGAUUACUCCAAUCCUCUAAUUCAUCAGUUCUUCCUGUUCAAGCCUCAGCCCUGGUUCAGCUUGCGAGCGCUGAGGCUAAAGGUUUGCUUCAACCUGGUCAGCCACUGACCAUUCAAAAUGUCCAAGCUCCAAGAACACUCUCGGCAAUGCUGCCUAACGUUGGAGGACCCGCUCCUGCUUCAGCACUUCAGUCGGUUAUUCCACGACAACAACCAGUCAGGGUUGGAGUCCCAAAUCCUCUCAAUCCUCCAUCCCGCCAAGUUCUGCUUCCACCCGGGGUACAGUUUAACAUCCCGGCGGUAAGAGGACAACCUCCACAGCCGAUGAUUGUUGCUCCAAGGUUCCCCUUGAAUCAACCUACCCCGAGAGGUACCAUGCUUACAUCCCAGUCUCUUCUGAGUCAUUUGAUCCCCACAGGCAACAAAGUCGACGGGCUGCCCACAUUCACUCUUGCACCACUACAAGUUUUGUCCGUCCACGCAAACAAUGUCCAAGUAGUCAGCAAAGCACCGUUACCGGUGUCCCAGAACAACGGCGUGCAUCAGCAAAACUCCCAAGAUUCCAAGCAGACCAAGAAAUGGGUUACCUGCCCUAUUUGUAAUGAGCUUUUCCCAUCUAAUAUAUAUGACUCCCACGUAGAGAUCCAUAAAGACUCAUCCAAGAAGUCUAAGCUAGGUCUGGCAGCCCGAGCUCCUUUUAUGAAGAAAAUGCCUGACAAGACGGUGAAAUGCCUGAUGUGUAAAGUCUUGCUUUCUGAAAAGGGGAUAUUCGAACAUCUGGUUCAUGGGUUGAACUGUUUGUUUUGUCCCGGGAUGUUCUAUUCCAUCAAACAACUCGUUGCUCAUAUUCAAGUCGAGCACAAUCCGACCCAAAAGGCCAACUGUGAUUUCAUGAGGCGAGAGUAUCGUCUUUACACCGACGAGUCCGGCCACCUCCUGUUUCCCUACUUCGACAUUAACACCACGGCCCCCAAAGAGAUGAUGGGAGAGAAAGAGCUUAACUUGGCCUUAGUUACUAAUUCUCUCGAUCUGAUUUUUUUAAAGAUGUCCCCUCUGACUCCGCAAACCGUAUGCAAGAUGCCUGUGCCCAAACCGGACAGCUUGGAUUGCGUGUUCUGUUCUGAGAAGCUGCUGAACAUGGAGUGCUAUCAAAUGCACCUCAGAGAAAAGCACUACAUUGUGCCUACCGUCCAUGCCAUACUUAAAAUGCCAGCGUACAAGUGCAUCUACUGCGGUGGCGUAUACACGGGCAAAACCACGGUCAAAGCGAUAAGCGUGCACGUUUCCAGGUGUCGCUCUGCACCCAAAACCCUCAAAGACGCAGAAAGGAUUAAAACCAGUGGCCCCAGAGAAAGCCAGGGUUUGUUUUCCAUUCCAGGUUCCCCGCUUCCAGCAUCUCAGUCCAACGAGACGAACGUAGAAAUGCAAAGCAAACUGCGUUUGGAGCUGGCUGUAAAGGAGGCCAUCGAAGCGAAUAAACGAGAAAGACUAGCAAGAAAAAAGAGGUUCGCAAGUUUGCCUGGUUCCUCAGCCGAACCGCUGGACGAUCCCACCGUGCAAUUGGCUCUAGAUCCUACCGGAAUGGAGUUGCGCUCCUUCGAGGCUCGUCGGGAAUUCGUCAACAAGUACUUCAACAAACAGCCUUACCCGAUCAAGAAGGAGAUCGUCGCCCUGAGCAGCCGAUUGCUGCUGAACAAAACCGACGUCGCCUGUCAGUUCGGCUCCAAACGAACCAGGUGUAUGAAGCAACUGCAGCGAAACAAAGCCGCCGUCUUGUUGGGUUUCAACAUGACCGAGUUGAUGAAGGUCAAACACGAUCUGUUCAUUCCGGAAAUCGAGCCGGAGAAGCCCCCGACGCGGGAAACGAUUCACGUGGACGAAGCCGAACAGCUCGACGAUUGUUUAGCACCUUACGAGGGCGAAUAAAACGACAUCCCGUUGAUCUCUUUUUCUCCCUGUAUAAAAAUAUAUACACUCUUUUUUUUUUUUUUUUUUAGAAACAAUGCAAAAGGUGUGUACUGUCGUCAUGUAGGUCCACUUUAGCCCCAUAUUUGCAUAAAUUGAAUGAAUAAAGGUGAUCUGGAUGAGCUUGUGUCCUGUUCGGUAAAACAGUUCACCGUAUUAUAGUUUUAUGACAUAUUUUCGUAAGUAAUCCCCCUGUUACGCCACAACUCUUUUGUGCUGUGGUUUAUUUCGCCUUAAUUGUCUCUCUGUUCUGUAUCAUUUCCUCGUUAUCUCUAUUAUUUAGAGCUCUUUAAGUUAUAAAUGUGUAGUAGAAAUCUGAAGCGUGGCAGUAAUUGGUUCAAGACGAACGUGUCGGUCAGACUGCCGUAAACCUGCUCAUGUAAAAUAAACUUAUCUUUAAUAUC